AUGCCAGAGACAUGGCCUGGUCUCCAAAUACAUGGAAGACUCGAUUCUCGCUGAACAUCAAGGGCCUCCCGUACAAGACCGUCUGGGUCGAAUACCCAGACAUCGAACCGCUCUGCAAGACGAUAGGCGCGACUGCCGCAGAGAAACGCCGCGACGGCACCCCGCUGUACACACUGCCCGUCAUCCACGACCCAAACACGAGCGCGGUCUUGUCCGAUUCCGCCGCGAUUGCGCAAUACCUCGACAAGACGUACCCAGAUACCCCCACGCUCAUCCCCCCGCACUUGGAUGCGCUGACCGCCGCGUUCGAGGACGCGUUCUGGUCGGUGUUCGAGCCGGGAUAUGGAUACAUCAUCUGCGCCGCAAUGUACGACGUACUCCGAGAGGGAAGCCGGCCGUUCUUCCGUCAGACGCGGGACAAGGUCUUGGGGAAGCCGGGGGAGAUCGAACCGGGGAGCGAGAAGAGAGCGCAGCAUUGGGAGAAGAAUCGAGUGGGCAUACACAACAUCGCUAAGUGGCUGGAGAUGGACGGGAAAGACAAGCUCUUCUUCGCGGGGAACGACGCAGGGAUAACUUAUGCCGACAUCACCGUUGCCGGAUUCUUCAUGUGGUUCAAGAAGUGCUGUGGGGAGGACAGCCAGGAGUGGGCAGACAUCAGGGCAUGGGAUGGAGGGAGGUGGAAGAGAUUCAUGGAGGCCUUCGAGAGUUUCGAGGUGGUCGAUGUCGGCGAGGAGCUGGCCCUGUAGAGGACAGCGGCGAAUGCCGGACCGGAUUUGGGCGAAUGCAGCUGGCGAUCCUGCCGUCCUCUCUGCAUCGUCCAUUGCUAGCUUCCCUUGGCACUGGUACUUCACCAGGACUUACCGCCUAUAGUCUCAUAAAAUGCGCGAUCAUCGUGUGCACGCG